AAUGGUUUGUGUUUACGUUGGAGAAUUGUGUACGCGCGCAGUUCGAUGCACUCGAAAUCUGCGACUGUGAAAUGUAGGUCGCAAGUUUCUGAAUCAGAAGGAAGCAUUGGUGCAAGGCAGGGUGAAAGCACAGUAAAAGGGAAAUUAACGAAUGAUAUUGAUCAAAUUCUUUUCGAAGAGCUACAAAUAGCUAGCAGACACAAAUCUAAUUAUGAAACACUAAAAUCUGCAUUUACAAAGUUAUACAAUGCCUAUAACCAACUGGAGUCACGUUUCAAUUUAUCAGUAUCAGAGGCAAGACUGAAGGCAAAAGAACAGGCUGAUGCACUUCUAAAGGCACAGAAUAAAUUAGAUGCGUAUAUUUCAACUGACAGGACUGUAAAAGGAUUGGAUUCCUCAUCGAGUAAAGAAACACUAGACAUCAUGAAGUUAAAGAUAACCAAUGAACUGGAAUCAAAAUAUCGUGAGCAAAUUUUAACUCUAAACUCUGACCUUGAAACAUGUCAAGAUGAGAAUCGAUUACUUGUAGAAGAGGUUCAAAAUCUUAAGAAGAUAUUAAGUCAAGAACGUAAUGAAUUUAACAAUACAUUAGUGAAUACGAAACUGUUGUAUGAAGCUGAGAUUACUAGUCUACGAAAACUUCGAGAUGAUCAAACUUUGGAAAUUAGUCAGUUAUCUCUAAUCCAUAAUGCUGAAGAUAAGACAAUACUCUUGCAAAAUGCACAACUACAGGCGAAAUGUCAUGAACUUACUAAACAACUUGACUAUUUCAAAGAGAAUUUAUCAAAAGAAAGAGAUCAAAAUCAAUCAGAUAAUUAUGAGCAACUUCAAAUGUGUUCUGAUCUGAAAGCUAAGAAUAUGGAAUUGGAAGCAUUGUGUUCUACACAAAAACAUCAAUUAAACAUUUUAAACGAAGAAUUGAAUGGUUUACAGAAUGAACUAAUGAAUCAACGUCAGACAGCUUUAGAAUCUACAAGAUGUAGAAUGAAAGCUGAACAACAAGUCGAAAAGUUGUUACAGUCGACACGUGUUGAAUUAGCGAAUCUACGCAGUGAAGCACAAUGUCAAAAGUUUGAUAUAGAAAGACAACGUAACGAAUUGAUAGAGAAAUCUAAAGGAUUUGAACAUGAAUUGAAUGUAUUACAAUCAUGUCAACCGAUUAUCAAUCAAUUUUCUAGUGAUUUAUUAAUCAAUCAGAUAAAAAAUGAAAAUCAUGAUGAAAAAUUACAGGAAAUAAUGAAAUCAUUACGUAAUCACUUUGUAAUGCAUAUAAAUGAAUUUGAAAAUAAAGUAUCAAGUAUUUCAGAUCGUUUAAAUUUAGAAGUUGAUCGGAUACAAACAUUUCAGAUGAAUGCAAAAUCAAUUAUCGAGAAGAUUAGUACUACUGCUGUAUACCCGAAAUCGCUUACUUCUUCAGAACUUCAUGGGUAUAAUUCAGAAGAUAUACAGUCAAAAGUCUUAAGAGAUAAUAUGCGACGUUAUGUGGAAGAUGCCCGAAAGAAGAAACGGGCAUUAUGUCUUCGUAUAGUCUUGUUGAAACAGAAAAUCAACUUUCUUGAAUGUGAAAUAGAAAAAUUACGUGAAGAGAAUAUCAUUUUAAAGUGAGUUUAUCAUAUACUUCUUGAAAUAAUAUGAAAACUAGAUAAGAUAAGCAUUACUAAAGUAGGUUUAGGGGGUGACUUUGAAGGCUACCGUAAGAACUAACAAAACGACCAAUCAGGUUACGGUAUUUUGGCUGGGAAGAUGGUUUUUCAUAGAUUGGUUGUUUCAUCACCUAUAAGAGUGGCCUUUACAGUCACUUUAGGUUUAAUGUAGGGAAAAACUGUUUUUGAAUAAAAACAUGAGGGAAGGGGUUCUUAAAUAUGUGUAUGGCUAACACCCCUGACAGUUACUAGACAAAAUUGUAAAGGAUGCUUUCAUGGCAGUCCUACGACCUUUAUCAAUAAUGUGUAUUUUGGAAUGAAUGAUGAUAAUGGUUAUCGGCCAUCUGGGCUUAUCGAUGUUUGUGAAUCUAGAUGCUUUUGUAGCCAUUUUGGUGCAUAUUCCUCAACCGUCAAGCGCAUAUUUCGAUUAGUCGCUCCUAUGUAUAUGUUUCAACAUAUACAUAUAAAGUGGUACAUGAAGUGGGAUAUGACCCAAUCGUUUAUACAGUGUUAAGGUCUAUGUUGCAAACUAUUAAACCUCGCUUGUAUUGAGUAAGACAAAAGCUCUAGAUGCUUAAUUAUUGACCUGUCUAAUUAGAUUUCCUGUAUAUCAACUGUUUAAUUGAAUCAUCUUGCCUACAACUUGGAAGUAUAUCGAAGAAAGGUAGAAUGGUUGUCUCUCGCUCCUUCACUUGUUAGGUAUGCGUUAUGGUAUUAUGGUAUGGUAUUAUGUCUUUCUAACAAACCUAUCACAUCUUCAUGCUUGUCAGAUAUCACAAUCAUUAUCAUCAACACAUCUUAUAUAGAGAGUAACUUUAUUAAUGAGAUCACUAGUCAAGCCUUCAAUAUAUGACGUGUAAAUAUCAGAAAUGCAUAGCUCAAGCUCAUCAUAUCUACCGAUUUAUUCAUUCACAAGAACAAGGCAUGUAUCAGCGAAGAAGAAGCAUUCCUUUUCAAUGACUUCAUUGUCAAUCUGUACAGUAGUUAUAAUUAUACUCGGUAAAAUGACAGAUAAUUCCACUAGAAAGAGUUGCUCAGUCAAUAUGCAUAAUAUACAAUAAGUGUAGGUAGUGGUAUUUAUUCAAGUGGAAGAGAUAGAAAAUAGAUCACUGAAUAAGGAGGAAUAAAUCAAAAACAAGUGGUGAGAUAAGAGACAUGUGUUGUCAAUGUAGUUAUAAUUGGUGAUAUAAUGAUGAGAAUAAAAGAGAAGUAUACUAAACUGAAAUGAAGUGAAAUUGACAAAGUAACCAAAACUGGAUUGUUAAGGCCAAUGUAGAGAAAGUGGUUUUAUAAAACACUUUUGAAUGCAAAGUUUCGGUUUUUGUGUUCAUGUAUAGCUAAUACAAGUGGUGGAAACAUAAACCUUUGGAGUAGUUCAAUUUAACUUUGUAAAUUAUUUUAAAGGAUGAAUAUCAAGGUGUUGACCAGGUAAUGUUCAACAACACGUUUUCGGAGGGUCUGCUUACAUUGUCCAAUCUAGUCAGCUACACAGGAGCAUAUGAACUUGUAAAUACGUAUAGAUGUGGACAUAAAUGGAAGCCUAUCUUUCACUCAUUGACGAAUCAGACAGUGGCUGGAGAAUAUCAAUCUUAGUCUAGCAGCAUAGAAGCUACUAUCGAUACAUCUUGGCAGACAAUUUUUAAGUACUUUGGCUGUGGUGUCUCCUUUGAAUUCUGCAUUCAUGGUUAAAUUUUUCUUAGGGACUGUAAUAGGAUGGGGAGUGGUUCAUUUCUUCAGAUGCUUAUCAAUAAACCUUUUAGGGUAUCUGUUAUUAGAUAGUAUUAUUCUAAGAGUUUCGAUUUCAGCAUCCACCUUAUCUUCUGAAUAUAUUCCAUAGAUUCUGGAACAUAGUGAGUGAAUGAGAUUUCUCUUACAACUAAAAGGUACAUAACUAUUGAAGUUAGUGAACUGUCUGGUCCAGGUUGGUUUUCGAUAGACUGACCUUUGAAUUGAGCCAUCAUCCCUUCUCUUUAACCAUAACGUUUAGGAAGUGGAACGAUGAGUUUAACCCUUCUUCUACAGUGAAGUUAAUGGACGGGUGACAAUUAUUGAAACGUCUUAACAGCACAUCCACUGAACAUGUUUCGUCGCAAGUAAGUUUUAAAAUUAUUUCUUUAAGGGGCCAAUUUUCGAGCUUUGCCAUAAAGAUAUCAACCAGGACAGGGCCUAGUGGGGACCCCAUUGCGACUCCAUCCAUCUGGUUACAAAUUAUAUCAUUGAAUCUGAACUGUACAUUAAACGUACAUCUUAAUAUUAGUUCUUUUAGGUGGCUUGUAGAUAACAGAAUGUUAAUAUUAUUACAAUCAAUGUAAUCACAUAGAUAACAAACGGUUUCAACAAAUGGAACAGGUAGAAAACGCGUAGAUGUCAUUAUUUGCCAUCAGAGGAAUGUAGCAAUAAAUUACUACACACAAAAGAUGAAUAACCUUAGAGUAGAUCUCAUGGAGCAGUGUAAAAUGAAACUGUACUCAACCUUCUCCUUGUAUAUGAUUAUUUGGAACUUUCUACGUGAGUUAUUCAUGUUUUUGGCAUACUAGUGGGCUAUCUAAUCUACCUCUUCUAUUGGCCAUAGAAACUUACGAAGAGAUAUGUUAAGCUUCUGUAGUGACCCUAUCCUUUAUGAGAAAGGAAACCUUUCUGCAAGAUUUCUGUCUUUUCAGAUGAUGUUUAAUGAUCUGCAUAUAAAGGUAGUUAGCCGGGAUGGUAAUGCUUUUUUUAAAGUUUUUCCAAAUCAUUAGGAAGUUUCUGAAUGUUGCCUACAACUUCUACCGUGUUCGAUUACAUGUAUUAGUAUUUAACGUGAUGUCUCUCCAACGUAUACCGCAUCGCAUUCAUUACAGUAUACCCUAUAAACGCAUUUCUUAGGGGAAUUGGCUCUUUUAAUUUGGACAGGUAUGAGUGUAGUGUUCAUCACCUAGAACAAUACUCUGAUGCUGUAAUCAUUAUUAUUAUUGUCCGGCGGUACUAACUGCUUACACAUACUUUUAAUACAUCUGAGGAUUUCGAAUGAACAACAUAUUAUUUACUGAAUAGCAUUAUAAAUAGGACAAGUUAUUCUCAUAUACGCUAUUAUUGCGUAACUGUUCACACGUUGAAUUACUGAUCUAAUGUAGACGAUGAUGAACCCUACAAAGAUUUACAGACU